AUGGGUCUGUCACGUCAACACGGCGUGGUGGCGAGAGAGAAGGUCCGGCGAGGACGGUAUUUUUAAUAUGAUUUUGGUGUAAAAAGAAAAUCUCGCAAACAUGAGUAUCCUGCAGAAAAUCGCGGACAUCGAGGCCGAGAUGGCCCGAACCCAGAAGAACAAGGCCACUAUGGGCCACUUGGGCUUGUUGAAGGCUAAGCUGGCCAAGUUGCGCCGAGAGCUUAUUACUCCCAAGGGCGGUGGAUCAGUCACCGGGGAAGGUUUUGAUGUCGCCAAGACUGGAGACGCACGUAUUGGUUUUGUGGGUUUUCCCUCUGUGGGCAAGUCCACACUGCUUAGCAACCUUGCAGGUGUGUAUUCUGAGGUGGCUGCCUAUGAGUUCACAACCCUGACGACUGUUCCUGGCUGCAUCAAGUACAAGGGAGCCAAGAUCCAGUUACUGGAUUUACCCGGUAUCAUUGAGGGAGCCAAGGAUGGCAAAGGUCGUGGUAAGCAGGUCAUUGCUGUGGCUCGCACCUGUUCUCUCAUUUUCAUUGUCCUUGAUGUUUUGAAGCCUCUUGGACACAAGAAGUUGAUUACUCAUGAACUGGAAGGUUUUGGCAUCAGACUGAACAAAGAGCCUCCACAGAUCACAUUCCGUAAGAAGGAGAAAGGUGGAAUAAACUUGCAGUGUGCUGUACCUCAGACAGAACUGGACUUGGAACUUGUAAAGACAAUCUUGGCAGAGUACCGCAUCCACAAUGCUGACAUUGUCCUCAAAUAUGAUGCCACAGCUGAUGACCUGAUUGAUGUGAUAGAAGGCAACCGUGUUUACAUCCCAUGCAUCUACCUGCUUAAUAAGAUUGAUCAGAUUAGCAUUGAGGAAUUGGACAUCAUCUACCGCAUCCCCCACUGCGUACCCAUAUCCGCUCACCAUAAAUGGAACUUCGACGAUUUGCUUGAGAGAAUGUGGCAGUACCUCAGCUUGACAAGAAUCUAUACAAAACCAAAAGGCCAGUUGCCUGACUACAAUUCUCCAGUUGUUUUGCGAACAGAUAGGAAGACUGUGGAAGAUUUCUGUAACAAAAUUCAUAGAACCAUUAUAAGGGAGUUCAAAUAUGCUUUGGUUUGGGGCAGCUCAGUUAAGCAUCAACCACAAAAGGUUGGCAAGGAUCACGAGCUAAAUGAUGAGGAUGUCGUACAGAUUUGCAAAAAAGUAUAAAACUGAGCGUGGAUAACACACUGUUUUGACAUGAUUUCGAUAAAGUGCAGUACUCUCCAAGAUUUAUUUUAAAUUUUUCUUGUUUUCUUUACUUGUAGGAAGGUCUAAUCAAUAUUAAAAUGAUUGUUUGCAAAAUUGUUACUUAUAUGGAAUUAAAGCUGUUUUAUAAGUUCUGUAAAACAUAUAUUAAGCAAAGCUACUGUUAUCUCAGUUAUAUGGACUAACUUCAUGGUUUUAUUUGUUCAGUGCCUUUAUAUGUAAAGCUUUAUCCACAUAAUGAAGACGCAAUUAUUGUUAACAGUUUCCACUGUGUGGAGAAGCUUUGGUAAUAUAGAUCAAUUUUUGCAUACCUUUUUAGUCCUACUUUCUACCUUAAAGGUGUAUGGCCUUUGAAUAGGAAAGCAUCACAUUGAUGUUUGGCCGAUGUCACGGAGGUGUGUGGUGGUCACGUUAAGACAAUGUGAUGGGAUACAAGUGGAUAAAUAAAAACUGGUCUGCUUUAUCUGUAA